GAAGAAGACAGAGCAGCUAAAGGGAAGUGAGGUAGCGUGUUCGGCUCGCGCUGUGGGCUGUGUUGUCUCAACUGCUGCUUUUAACAAUCUGCAAAACAGCAAACAUAUAAGCCACUUUUAAACUAGCUAACCAUAUAACGUUACACAAUGGCCACCGAUUCGGGCUACGGUGGCGCACCAAACUACGGGUCAUAUGGAGGUCAGCAGGGUGGACAGGCCUACGGACAAGGAAAUACUGGAGCUAGUGGCACCUAUGGUGGACAGACCUAUGGUGCAUACGGUCAACAACAAGGAGCGCCACAAGGUUCAGAAGGUUAUGGUCAGCCUCCGCAGCAAAGCUAUGGUAGCUAUGGACAGGAUUCAACUGGGUAUGGAGACAAGUCAUCUUCGUCUUAUGGCCAGCAAGGAGCUGGGUCUUAUGGAGGGCAGAGUCAAGGAGGUGGAGCAGGUGGCUAUGGCCAGCAGAGCUCCUAUGGUGGACAGGCUGCUGGCUAUGGUGGAGGCCAAGGGCAAGCAGCAGCAGCAGCAAGUGGCGGUGGCAGCAGCUAUGGCCAGCAGAGCUCAUAUGGUGGCCAGGCCACUGGCGGAUAUGAUGGUGGACAGAGCCAGGGAGGUGGAGGUGAUGGAUAUGGGAGAUGGAGUGAAGGUGAAGGAGGUGGUCAGGGUGGACGCUUUGGCCGCGAUGGUGGAGACCGGUCGGAGGGUGGCGGCUUCAGAGGCAGAGGCCGAGGUGGCUAUGAUCGUGGCGGCUAUGACCGUGGGGGAUAUGACCGUGGUGGUUACGAUCGUGGCAGCAGAGGUGGACCUCCUGGUAUGGGAGGUGGUGACCGUGGUGGCUACAAAAAUUUCGGUGGCUCUCGAGAUUACGGCUCAAGGGAUGAUUCAGGUGGUGAGCAGGAUAAUUCUGAUAACAACACAAUCUUCGUGCAAGGACUUGGAGAAGAUGCAACAGUUCAAGAAGUGGGGGACUAUUUCAAGCAGAUUGGGAUCAUCAAGGUGAAUAAGAAGACCGGCCAGCCAAUGAUUAACAUUUACUCUGACAAAGCCACUGGCCGCCCAAAGGGAGAGGCUACCGUGUCCUUUGAUGACCCUCCGUCAGCUAAAGCGGCCAUUGAUUGGUUUGAUGGAAAGGAAUUCAAUGGCAAGCCCAUCAAAGUCUCCUUUGCAACUCGUAGAGCUGAGUUCACGCAAAGAGGAGGUUUCAGAGGUGGACGAGGAGGAUUCAGAGGUCGUGGUGGUGGAGGAGGAGGAGGACCCAACUUCGAUGUGAAAGGAGGGGAUUGGCCUUGCCCAAACAGCUCUUGUGGCAACAUGAACUUUGCAAGGCGGCAGGAGUGUAACAAGUGUGGUGCACCCAAACCAGGAGAUGCUGGUUUUGGAGACGGUGGCGGCAGAGGAGGUUUUGGCGGUGACCGGGGUGGUGGCUUCAGGGGCCGCGGUGGUUUCCGUGGUGGAGACCGUGGAGGCUUUGGAGGAGGUGAUAGAGGUUUUGGAGGUGGCUACAAAAUGGGAGGAAGGGGUGACCGACGAGACGACAGAAGGGAUCGGCCAUACUAGAAGAUGAAACCAUUCCAGACCUUGUCUUUGCCAUUGGGGUGGUAGUCUAGUGUAAGGGGAGGGCGGGGUGUGGUUGGGGGGCUAAUAACGCAUCUGUAGUUUUUUUUUUUUUUUUUU